AUGGCCAAUGAGUUUGAGCUGCCUGAAUUCAACCCAAGGGAGCGCGCCAAGCAGCAUAUUUCAGUGCCAUUUCUCUGGGAGGUGAAGCCUGGCGCGCCGAAAAGGGACUGGGUGAUGUCCAAGCCAGCGCCGCCAGUCUUCUCAUCAUGUCCAUCCCCGCUCAAGCUCGUUGUCAGUGUGCCGUUCCAGUGGGAAGAGAAGCCCGGGAAGCCUCUACAACUACAAGAUGCAUCUUCUCUUCAUGUGCCGUCUGAUCAUCAUGCCGGUUUCUCAGCAUCUCCCUACUCACUGAACCCUUUUGUGGCCGAAGGCGAGGAAGAGUACACGCUGGGGUUUGAUCUGGAAGCAUUCGGGUUUCCUGACGACAGCAAGGCAUCCGGUAUAGCAGAAUACAUGGACGGGUCGAGUCGUCGUGGCACUUGGUACUCGUUUUCAGACUCAGAAGACUACAGCAACUCCAGUGGGAACACUUCAGCCCGGGAGUCUCAGUUCCCCCGGGCUCCCUCGGAGCAGAGCUGGGAGGUUGCCAACGACGAUGAUCAUCAGCAAAACAAGCCCCGGAGUCCUCCGAGGAGCGCGUUCACGCUGGAGGAGCUCAUGAUGCUGAGCCGCAAGCUGGGCUGUGGACAAGGGUUCUCGACUGAUGAUGUCAGGAAGAAGAGCCUCUCCUCUUCCUCGCUCUCCUCAGUGGAACUCAUCAAGAAGUUUUUAAUUGUGUGUUCUUGA